AUGGGUAGUGGCUAUGCCGUACCAGAAUUUGGGCUGGCCUAUGUACGCGACAUUCGCUUCUUUCGCCAAGACACUGAUGAAUGGCGUCUAGCCGAUAUGAUGGUUUCUGCUUGUUAUUGCCUGCCAUCACGAGAACUUUAUAACAAUCCGAAAACUUCUACAGAGUGGCCGGAAAAAACACUGGCUACAUUUCGGGCAUUUAUGGUGGCAGCCGUUGCAAAUACGAGAGGUAAUGGUUCAAAUACUUACCUUUUACUUGGGCCCAUUGGCACUGGUGCUUUUGGAAAUGAUGUUGAAGACAUCGUCUAUGCCUUUCGUGAUGUACUUCAUUUGAAGAUGAUGGGCUCGAACGGACCGAUUCGCUACGCUUUCAGCAACAUUUGGUUUGUAUUCCACAACGAGUGGAAAAACAGUAUUUUCAAGAAUAUUAUAUCUGGAAGCGAAGUUUCUGACGAUAAAUAAUAUUCUAUUCGUUGGUUUUUUCAUUUUCAGCAUGACAAAAUAAAAAUUUCAAUUGGUUUGCAUUCGAAUUCAGAAAUGUAGCAUAACUGAACGCUCUCAAGGGAAAAUUUUAUUCUAUGUGCAGUUAUAUGUAAACUCAUGUCCUCGUUUUUUCUGUUCGUUCACUUUAGUCACACGAUCUUACAAGAUUUAAGAGCAUCUAAAUAAAAGAAACAUUGAAAAAGACAAAAUUACCGAAUUUAAUCUCGUAAGUGAUGUAUGGCUUCUAAACAUAUUGACUUAUGCCCUCUGACUGUUUUUAAUGUCGUAUAGCGCAAUAAAAAUAUAUAAAAUGGAAAUUUUUCUGUUCUCUAUGCUCAUGACCACAAUGUUGGCAAUGUGAGUCAUGUCAACAAUAUGGAAACAGAUGCCUUUGUGGGAUGAUCCAGACGAGAAGGACAUCAUUUUUAAGUUGAGUUAUGUAUGAGGAAAGUUGCUCAUUGUGAUUACCGAAUCUUCAGUUCGAUUCGAAAUAUGAACUCCGAAUCGACGAGCAAUCUAUCUGUUCUUUACUCGAAUCUGAAUCGUAGCACAGCGCGUAACGAAAAUGUUAUAUUGAUUAAGACGAAUGCACUGAAUCUUGUUCACCGCACUCAUGCAUCGCAUAUGAUCAAAACCAAGAAAUAUUUAGAAUGUGCACAUCAUUUCCAUGUUAUAGGAGGAUAUCUCUCACCACUCAUGAUGAAUAUGUACAAGACAAAUUAGAACAAGAAUAUAUCAAUGGUGUAUAUAAAAUUACGCUAUGCGACAAAGUCAUUGCAGAAGAAAAUGAACAACGUUGUUUGAGUGCUGAUAAGGCGGAAUAUAUGUGUAAGUAAAUUUGCGGAUGAGAUCGCAUUAGAAACAACCUAGUGUUAGCAAAACGCGUAGCGCAAUACGCUUAUUGAAAGAUGGAUGAGUAUGAUAAAGUAAUUGUCACAAUCGUCAUUUUCUCUCAAUUAAAGAGUUUUGUAUGAGUCAGGUGUCGGAUAAACUUACUAAUAGUGUAUUAGUAAAAGAGAAGAUUGAUUUAUCAUUAUGUAGUAUCAUUCGGCUAAAAUACGUAACGUGUAACUUCAGUGACCAGGAGUUUGAAGUCGUCAUUUGACAAACUCAGUAGUGCCAUCCUCUAGAGCAUAGUCUAAAAUGUAUAGACACAUAUUUUACUCCGUUAAUAAAUGCUACAAAUUGCAGUUAGUGAUUGACAACAAAGAAGUCACUCGAAGAGAAAGAAAAAUCCUCUGUCUGGGCCACCAUUUAACCUAGCCGAUAUAUCAAAAUAGUUUGACAUGUACAAAGCUGAUUAAGGCUAAUUAAGUCUAUAAUAACACAUGUAUCUUUUAGCACACAGAUUAAUUUUCUACGUGUUAUACUUUUUUGCAACGAGCUUACGUAAAACUACUCUAUUUAUCACAUCAUCGCGUAACGAAAAAUGAGUAUUGUUUGUUUUUCAACUGUUGGUUCGGCCUGUUUGUUAUAAAAAAUAAAUACCUAAAGCUAGGUUUUUAUGGGCUAUCUUAUGCACAUAUCAUUGUCAGAAAAAAAUCCCAUUUUAUGAUGAAUUUUGGUAACGCGAUGACGCUUUUUACCGUUUGCUUCAUUUUUCAUUUGUAAAAGGACAUUUUCAAAUUGUGAUUUAUUAUUCAAAAAUCACUGUAAGCUAUGAGUAAUGGAUUAUUGCUAUGAGAAUAUAGUUGAUUAGUCUAACGAGGGAACAUUUUCAACUGAUAAAUCGCUUUUGAGUUUGAACUCUGUGCAU